AUGGCGCCCUGCUGCAAUCGAUGCGGCAACAUACGCCUAGGCUAUUGCAGCAACAUACGCUGCCGACAAGAGGAGCAGCAAGAAAAGGAAAGGGAGAAGGAAGCGCAGGUGGUCGGCCAGAAGAAGAGGAUAGCCGCAGACUGCAGCAAAAGGGGCUGCAAGAAGCGAGGAGGGAGGAAGGCGCUGGCGCCCGCGGGCCCAUGCCAGGCACAGGAGGUCGACCAGAGGAAGAAGAUAGCAGCAGACUGCAGCGAAAGGAGCUGCAAGAAGCGAGGAGGGAAGAAGGCGCUGGUGCCCGCGGGCCCAUGCCAGGCACAGGAGGUCGACCGGAGGAAGAAGAUAGCAGCAGACUGCAGCGAAAGGAGCUGCAAGAAGCGAGGAGGGAAGAAGGCGCUGGCGCCCGCGGGCCCAUGCCAGGGCAAGGCGCAGGUGGUCGGCCAUACAUUCCAGAAGAUCACAAGCAUGGCCCACCAUACCGAAACGAAGGAAGCCAAGCAGGUGGAAGCAGACGAGGAGGACGACCAGCAGUUCACCUACCUGGAGAAAAAGCACAAGCGAGGCACGCCAGACAGCCCAACCAAAAGCCCUCCCAGCAAGAAGACGUCAAGCAACCAGACAAACGCCAGGCCAUCACAACAAAGCAACGUCUUCUUCGAAGAACAAGAAGGAGCCCGCUGCGGCAAACAUGCGCUCAACAAUGCACUCGGACACCGGUACUUCGACACCGCAGACAUGCAGGACGCGGCCGAAACAUUCAUUUGGGAGAACCCCGAACUCGGUGACGAUAUCGAAAGACACAUCUCACCUGACGGGGACUAUUCCAUCGAAACCAUGAUGAUGGCAUUGCGAACCGCGGCAAUGAAGAAGUUCGGGCGCCUUUCCUGGCAAAUGAGAGACACGCGUGCUACCAGCAUCAGAGACCUGGAAGAUUGCGUCGGAGCAGUGCAGAACCACAACAACCGGCACUGGGUCGCCUUGAGGCGUGCCGGCGAAAACUUCUUGUACGUGGACUCUUUGAACCGAGCAAAGCAAGCAACAAUCCUCACAACGGAACAACUAGAAGCCACUCUGCGCGCCCAUCCAACGUAUGCGAUUCGCGAGAUUUGA